AUGACUGACAAAAUCCAAAUAGCAGUCAGAGUCAGACCUUUUAAUGACAGAGAACAGGGAGAAGAUAAUAUUAUUUUUAUGGAUGGAGGCAAAUGCUCGAUAAAAGAUCCAAAAUCAGGAGGAAUUAAGAACUUUCACUUUGAUAAAUGCAUCUGGUCGCAUGAUUCAGCCGGUAGGACACUUGAAACAAAUGAACAUGUCUUUGAAUCUCUUGGUAAAGAGCUCCUCGAAAAUGUAUACGCUGGAUAUAAUGCAUCUAUAUUCGCAUAUGGACAGACAGGUAGUGGGAAAAGUUACUCUAUUGAAGGAUAUCCUCCAGACUCUGGGCUUCUUCAGAGAAUAUGAGAGGCUAUUUUUGAAAGAAAAAGCCAGCUAGAAAGCCAAGACGAAAACAAUUCUGUCACUGUCAAUGUUUCCUACCUUGAGAUUUACAACGAAAAGCUCAAAGAUCUCCUUGACCCAACUGAGAAACAGCUCAAAGUAUUCGUAACCAAGAAGACAGGAGUCAGCGUUAGGAACUUAAGUACAGCUUACAGUGACAGUUACGAAGAUAUAGUCAGUCUUCUGGCUGAUGGUAAGAAACUAAGAAUCGUGGCCUCAACCAAUAUGAAUAAGACCUCUUCUCGAUCACAUGCAGUCUUCACUCUUCAUUACAUGGAGAAAUCAAUGAAGGAUGGAAAGAAACAAAUUAUCAGAUCAAAAAUUAACAUUGUGGAUCUUGCUGGAUCAGAACGACAAGCUAGCACAGGAGCUACCGGCCAAAGACUCAAAGAAGGGAGCAACAUCAACAAAAGUUUGACCUAUCUCGGAGUGGUGAUCCAAAAAUUAGGUGAGAAUUGUAAGGGAUCCAAGAAUUUCAUCCCAUACAGAAAUUCCCAGCUGACACAUCUCCUCUCAGAAUCUUUAGGAGGUAAUUCUAAGACUAUAAUGAUUGCUGCCUUGUCACCAGCUGCUUUAAAUUAUGAUGAGACAUUAUCAACUCUUAGGUUUGCUCAGAAUGUAAGCGUGAUCUCUACAAAAACUUCUGCCAAUGUAGAUGAAGAAGCAGCCACGAUGCAGAAACUGAAAAAUGAAAUUGCUGAACUCAAAGCGUACAUCGAAAAGCUUAAAACUGGAGAAAAGGCUGCUAUCAAUGAAGUUGAAAAUGAUCUAACCUCCGAAGCUCCAACAGAAACCACAGAUGCAGUUGAGGACAAAAUUGUUGAAUCUGAGGAAGCAAUGAAGGAUAUCAUGAAAAAGCUUAUGAGCAUGAACAAGAGUAAAGGAGAUUUGCUAAAUGAUAGAGAGAACUUUGAUAAGAUCAGACUUAACGCUCUCCAAGAGGCUGGUAUAUCCUCCUCAGCAGGAGGUCAGCUAAACGCUGAUGAAGAUGCUAUCUCUCUUGUCAAUAUAUCAGAUGACCCUUCUAUCUCAAAUUGCUUGGUGUACGUCAUGCAAAAAGGGGAGAACAAGCUUGGAACUGAUAUCAAGAAUAAAUUUGUCAUUAAAGGGCUUGGUGUUGGUGAAAACCAUGCUGCUCUUAACAACUAUGAAGGGAAACAACUAUUCGUAACCCCGCUCGAUCCUGAAAGUUACAGAGUUGUCAUCAACGGAGAGCAAAUUUACCAAAAGACAGAACUCAAUCACUUAGAUAGAAUUAUUUUCGGGCAUGGAAAUGCUUUCAAAGUUAUUAUGGGAAAUGACCAGAACAGAGGAGACCCCCAAAGACUCAGUGGAUAUGACGCAAUCCUUCAAGAUCGAAUCUCCAACGAUACCCCAGAAGCCAUAAGUAUGCGAGGGUAUCUCAGAGAGUUAAAUGAAAGAAUCGGUCAGAAAUAAGGCAAUGAGAUUUAUCCGUGCUCUGCAACAAGCCUUAGAUGAGCUAGAUGAGAUCAAUGAGUACUCCAAGGCUAGAUAUAUGGCUUUUCCCCUUGAAAAGAACAAUUUGUAUUUCAAAAUCAAAAUAAUGAUUGACAUCACAGCUUAUGAGCAGGAUAUCCCUGAGUUUGCUUAUGUGUGCAAACAUAAAAAGACAGAGAAAUUUCUGUUCCUCUGGAGCUACGAGAAGUUUAAGCAGAGGCUAGAGCUCAUGGCUGAGUGGUAUUCAGAUCUUAGAGAUGGAGGAACUCUUGACAAAGCUCAUAUUUUCGAUCCCUGGCUUGAAAUUUCUGAUGAAGAAAUCAAGAAAAAUGCCGAAGACAGAAACCAAGGCACUGGUGAUCGACUCCAGAAACUCAGAGAGACAAUUGAGACUGAGAAAGAAACUUUAGAGGAGAUUAAGAAGAACAAAGAUCAGCUGUAUUCUAAGCUGGAAAGAUAUCUCAACAAGGACGAAAGAAAGUCCCUUGAUACUUAUAUAGAGGUUGAAAUCAUCAAGCGGAACUCUACUGAUGACGAAAAGGCACUUGUUAAUAAAUUUAACAAAAAAGGAAAGGAUUUUAAAGCUUUAGUCUUUGAAUAUCAUUCAGAGGAUACCAACAGAAUUGAGAAAAUCUUGAAUAUUAAAUCCCUUAAAGAUCGCAUGAAGGAUCUUAAGAAAGAUCAUGAGGAAGAAAAAAUUUCGGAUAACAGAUCAAGCAGGCCAAGAUCACGAUCAAAGUCUAAGAAUAAAUAAGAAAACGAAGUCGAAAGUCACUGAGCCUGCUCAAACUGCUAGAGCUAAUUACCUAGCCCCAGCACUUUCGCCAAAUUUUGAGACUCAAGAAGAAACUAAGGAGGUCAAGCCAAAUGAGUUCAAGUUAAAUAACAUAAAGAUUGAGAAAUUAGAUCGUAAAUAGCAGCGAGAAAACUAUUGUUAAGAAGAAAGCUAAGACUCCUAGAGUAACGAAGAAAGAGAAGAAGUCUAAAAAUAAGAAGAAAGGCAAGAGUUCAACCUGCACCAUAUUUUAA